AUGCUUAAAAACCCAUUGGAGCCAAAUCCAUACAAUAUAUUUAUUCUAUCAGAAACAGGAAGACCUAUAUUUGCAAGUUGUGGAGAAGAAAAUCGUUACAGUGAUUUGUUUGCUCUAAUAACAGUUUUAGUUAAAAAACCUGAAGAAAAUGGUGAUUCAUUACAAACGAUACAAGCAAAUGAUUUACAUAUUGUUUUUAUGUCAAAAUCAUAUAUGAUAUUUUGUAUAAUAUCAAAAUUUCCAUUUAAUUUAUCACAACAACUUCAACUUGUUUACCAUCAAAUAUUGUCACUUCUUCCAACAGAUCAUAUCAAAAGAACUCUUGGUACACAUGCUAAUUAUGAUAUUAGAAGUUUAUUAAAAGGUUUUAAUAAAAGUGUUUGUACAUAUGUUAAAGAAUGGGAACAUAAUCCAACAUAUUUUUUUUCUGGAGUUGGUUUAUUACCAAUGAAUAAUUCAGAUAGAUCAAUUAUAACAAAUACAUUAGAUAAUGUUGUUAAGGAAGUGAAUGAAGAUGAAAAUAUAACUUUUGCUAUGAUAAUAUCACCUAGUGAUACUAAUAUUGUUAUUAAUCUUAUUGAAUGUAAUCCACCAAUGAUAAAAGAAAUGGAAACAUUUGUUCCCAUUUGUCUACCAACAAUUAGUAAUAGAGGUUAUUUUCAUGCGUAUUUUUGUUAUCCAUGGGAAAAUGUAGAUGCGUGCCUUGUUAUAAUAUGUCGCAAAGUUGAUAGUUUUCAAGAAUCAAAAUUAGUAAAGACAAAAUUUAUUGAAGCAUUUGAAGAAUAUAAAAGAUUUUCAGAGAUUUUAGAUUUAUUUGGCAUAGUUGAUAGUUUUAAAAUACCUUCACCACAACUUGAUUUUUUAUGGCAUUUUAUUUUUAAAGAUACAGAAACAUGUCAUAUAAUGACGUCUUUACCAAAAAUUCCAUUUAUUAGUGAUAAUGAAAAAGAUCAUCUAAAUUAUACUUAUCAUCGUAUUAAUGAUUUAAUGUGCUUAAAAAAAAAACCAAAAUUUGUUUUUAAUACUAAUCCAAAUUAUAACUUAUUAUCAAUGGUCGGCGAUAAUUAUGAAUUAUAUGCAAUUUUAAAUCCAACAACAAAUUCUCAUGAUGCCAUUGAUUUAUGUGAAAAACUCUUAAAAUAUAUUAAAAAAGAAGAAAAAAAAUUUUUAGUAUUAUGA